AUGAAUAGUUAUUUAAUAAGUAAGUACUCUCAAUCAACUCAUUAUCAUUAUAAAAAAGGAAUAAAUGACAUUUUGGAAGGAAAAAGAUGUUAAUUGCUAAUCAAACUUAAAGAUCUAUAAUGCUACGACACACCUCAAGAACACUUAACUAAAUAUUAUCACAUUAAUCAGUUAAGAGAUAAAUUACAUAUGUUAGGAGAAUAUUAUAAAGUAUGAAAUUCAAUAAAUCAAUCAGUAUCAUAAUGACAUACCUCGUUUAUUUAUGAUUCCUGCCAUUAUUCCCUUAAAUUAUUUUCAUGAUCGCAAAAGAAGACUAGCAUUUUUUAGAAUUGCUCGGUUAAUUGCUUAAGAAAAUCAUAACAACCCAGAUAAACCAUAAAAAGGAAUAGUAGGUGAUUCUCCUAUUCCUUUGACAAGUGAAUAAAUUACUCCACAAGAUCCAAGUUCAUCUGAUGAAGUACUAUAUAACUAAAUUAUAUUAGAUUCUCUCGAAAAAUGAUAAAAUCUUAUAAGGAAUUAGUUUCCUAAUUUAAGAACCAGAUUCUAUAGAAUAAAUCAAACAAUAAAUUUAGUCAAUGAUCAAAUUAAAAAAGCAGCCAAAUACAUCUUCAACUAAAAUCAACAGUAUUGGAAGUAAUACAACAACUAGUAAAUCUAAUAAGUAAUCAAUUCUAAAAUAAGCCAAAUAACCUAUAUAAUAACCAACAAAAAGCAAGUCUCCCCCCUUGAAAAUACAAUCUGCUUCUAUUUAGUUGAUAGAUGUAGCUUCUCCUAGAGCUUAAAAAACAUCCAAACACAUGUCCCCAAAUAAUAUUUAAUAAUUUACUAAAAGCAAACCUAAAUCACCUUCUAUUAAUAUGGCCUCCCCUGUACAACAAUUUAUGAAACUAUCAGCCAAGAUGAAACAAUCAUUUAAUAAAUAAUAAUGUAGUAGUGCUAGAAAUAAUACAUACAUUCCUAAUAAUACUAAUUAAAGAAAAAAUAGUGUCACUCAUAUUCUAAACAUUCUCAAAUCGCCAAAUAAAAAUAGCUCUCAAUAGAUUUAACAUAUUUCAUCAACUCCUAGAGAUUAAGAAUCUAAAAGAAGCUUUAAUAAUAAAAAAGUUCAUCAAUUAGAAUUAUAAGUUAUGUCAGAUCUGCAAAGCUUAUUGCAAAAAAAAACAUGUUUAACUCAUAGAAGUUCUAUGACUAAUAAAAAUUGUAUUAAGAAGAAGCUCAACACAAGAGAACUUAAUUAAUUUAAGUGUUUAAGAUUACCCCUAUCAAACAGAGACUUUAAUAAUCAAUAAAAAGAAUGA